ACAAACACCCUUUUUCCUUCUCUCCACAAUCAAAUCACAGGCUUUAAGAGUCACCCCCACUCUUUCACACAUUCACUCAAACCAAGAACCUCACUUCUUCAGCUUCCAUUCUCCCUUUCUGUCUCUAGUCUCCUGACAUUCCUCUGUCCCUCCCUCUCAUUCUUUUAUCGCCUCUCAAGUCUCAACUCACUCAAGUCUCACCCACAUCCCUCUGGCAUUCCUCUGUCCCUCUCUCUCAUUCUUUGCUGCUUCCUGACUCACUCAACCACGAACCACGUCUCCCUCCUUACUUCCUGCAAUGUUCACCACCAAAACUUCUGAUAAACCCUUCAAAGUGGAAGAAACCGGGUUGGCUCAAAUGGGUUUUACUCUAAUCCAGUCUAACACAUCUCCCUCCCAACCAGGCGAGAGGAGAGGCCGUCGGAAGCAGGCGGAGCCUGGGCGGUUUCUGGGCGUGAGGCGCCGGCCGUGGGGGCGAUACGCCGCUGAGAUCAGAGACCCGACAACCAAGGAGAGGCACUGGCUGGGGACCUUCGACACUGCUCAUGAAGCAGCUCUUGCGUAUGACAGGGCUGCCCUUUCAAUGAAAGGCACCCAAGCUAGAACCAACUUCAUCUACUCCGGCAACACCACCUUUCAUUCUCUUCUCACACCUUUUGAUGCUCAAGCCUUCUUACCACAAUCUCAGCUCCAGCUCCUGACCAGCCCUCAGUCUCAGACCAAACAACCCACCAUUGAACAGAGCUGCCCAUAUCAGCUCAACCCGAAUGAGGCUCCCAUCCAAUCCAAUCAGGACACGUGUAACACUACUUCGGCUUCAAAUGAAUCUGCGUUGGAUGAUAACUUCUUCUUCUCUGCUGACUCGGGCUCAGGCUACUUGGGGAGCAUCAUCCCUGAGAGUUGCUUGAGACCUCCUUCAAAGACCACAGAUUUGAGCUCUGAAAAGAGUGGUUUCACUGGUUGUUCGGACGCUCAGACCUUCUGUUCGACCAACUCAGUUUUCAGCGGCUCUCCUCCAGAGGUUCAGUCUCACUACAACAACAGCAACAAUGGAGCUCCUGUUGAUACAUUUGGUGGGUCAGCAAAUGUUUUGAACUCUGGGAAUUUUCCUUACAUGGACGGGCUUAAUGAAGGCUUCUGGGCUGAUGACCAGUUGUUUGAUCUAUCUUCCUGUGGGCUUGCUACCGCCAUCGACAACAAACCUCUAAUGCUGGAAGAUGGGUGCAUGGGAGCUCUGAGUCCUUUCAUGGAGAAUACUGGAAACGGGUUCAUGUCUCAGCCUACUACUCAUUCAGAAAUCUACAACACUCCACUUCCUCCUUUCAGUGAUGUAAUAGACUUGGGAUACUCACUCUUUUGAGGACUACUCGGAGCUCUUCUUGAAGCUUGAAGUCCAAUAAAGUUUUUCUGGUAAGAACGAAGGCUCCAUUUGGCAACCUUCACAAAAGCAAAUCAUGUUAGCUAGCUAUGACUACUGACCCACUUUUCUGGGUUCUUGUUCUUGUGAUUUUCUCAGAACCCAAGCCAUACAAAGGAUUUCUGAAAAUGGAAGAAAGCCAGAUGGUUUUGUGCUUCACAAACAGGCUUAUUUUCUAUAUCAUGAUGAGCUGAUACAUUUUGCAUGUAUUUAUUAUUAACCUUUUUCUUUCUCUUGUUUCAAUCAGUAAUUUUAUGUAUCAAUCUCUUUUGCUUAAUGUAGUCAUUGCUUUGGAGAUGAUAGAGGAUUUUCAGUAGUAGAGAUCUUACUGAUGAUCCAUCAACCUGUGCCAUAUAUGCAUGCAGAAAAGGUGGAUCCAUCAUCCACCAUUAAUGGAUGGAACACAGGUCAUUCCUCUCAAGAGCCCACUCCACUUUCAGCGGAAGAUAGUAGGGUAAUGAAAGCAGGAAACAGAACCCUACAGCUACACGGUUAGAUGACCUCAAAAGCCAAAGUACGGUCUGAAAAGCAUUGAAGCCUUCACGUUUCCUAGGACCAUGAUAUCUUUUCUUAUUGACCCCAUCCAUCCACAAGGUCAUUUGACAGUCAUCGUCAAGUGGGCCUUGAUAAUUUGAUGGGCUUUGCAUGUUCGAACUAUCAGGCCAUUCUUCCCUCCUUCAAAGAAUAGCUUUGGGUCAUCUGCAUUUGAACUCGAAGGAAUUUGUAUUCGAGCCCACAUCCGCUUCCAAAGGGUGGACAAGAAAAUCAGGGGGUAUAGAGACAAGUGUUAGGUCAGGUACAAAAGAAAGUAAGACAGGCUACCGUGGAACUCGGAUUCAGUUCUCACAAAAUGGUGCUCACACUGUAUUCACAGCCACUUGCAGUCUCAGUCACGUAUUGAGAAUAUUUCCAUACUUGUA